GGGAUUAGAACGACGUGACAACAUUGGGUCUUAAAUGUCAAGUAGUGGGAGCAGAUAUUUUUCGUGAUGGCGGACUUCAUCAGAGGAGCGUUCGGCGUGAGCCGCUCGUCUUCUACGAAAGAAAAAGAAACAAGGUCCGAAAGGGAAAAAGAAAAAUUGCACGCUUCUCCAAGCACAGGGAGUGACGACAAUGUCGAUUUGGGUGUCGAAGAUUUCGAUCCAUUUACUUCAUCACAAACGGAAGCGGACGACAUUGAUGGCUACAACAAUGUUUCACUCGUCGCCCCUCCAGAGACCGAUUGGUAUCAUGGAAGAUUGGAUAGAUUCGGCUCAGAAAGCCGACUUCGCGACUUUGGCAAGUUGGGCGCUUACUUAGUUCGCGAAUCAGAUCGAAAACCUGGUUCAUACGUAUUAUCAUACUUGGGUCGAACUGGCGUCAAUCACUUUCGAGUGUCGGCAGUAUGUGGCGACUUUUACAUUGGAGGACGGCAAUUUGAUUCUCUUUUAGAUCUAGUCGGUUAUUAUACAAACUUUGCCGAUCUAUUGAAAAAAGAAAGGCUAAUACAUCCUGUGGCUCCGCCAGAGCCUGUCAACGACAAAAAGAAAGUAGUAGCUAUUCUUCCCUACACAAAAAUGCCAGAUACGGAUGAAUUGACAUUUCACAAGGGCGAUAUUUUCUUCGUUCAUAACGACAUGGGUGAGGGUUGGUUGUGGGUGACGGCACACCGGACUGGCGAGCAAGGAUUGGUGUUUCAAGAUCUCGUGGAAAACAUUGACGAAACUAUUGACCCCAACCAAGUUUUUAGCUGGUUUCACGACAACAUCACCAAGGACGAAGCAGUUGAUAUGCUCGUCAAAGCCGGUCCUGGCAGCUUUCUUGUGCGGCCGAGCGACAAUUCACCUGGCGAUUACUCUCUCUUCUUCCAUAUCAACAACCAAAUUCAGCGCUUCCGAAUUGAGAAAAAAGGCGUUCGUUACUUGAUGGGUGGUAGGACUUUUAACUGUCUUGAUGCGGUUAUUAGUCGCUACAAGUGUGAACAAAUUGUUGAAGGUCACACGUUGGGUCUGCUCGUACCAAGUUCACGGUGUGUAACGGAUGGAGGAGUCGCUAGUUCGGGUUUGCGCCUCGAUCCAACGCGAGAUGUUUCAUCUUGCGCCGAAAAGAUCUACGCCACCCUCCGUGAAUGCCGUGAGCAAACGGGUGUUAAAAAGUCUAUGAAUGCUCGCAUGCAGGGCUACUUGUAUAAAAAGAGCGAAAAGAAUAAGAAAUGGAAAAGUCUUCAUUUCGUGCUUCAGAGCGAUAACGGUGAAGACCGACUGUACUUCUUCGAUAACCCAAAACGCACGAAACCUCGUGGACUUAUUGAUCUUUCCUGUUCGUACCUUUACCAAGUUCAUGACUCAUUGUUUGAUCGAAGCUACUGCUUACAGCUAGUAGAGCGAGCUUUGCCUUGUCUUGCAACCGUGACCUACCUGGCAGCACCCAAUGGCGAGUCGGUGGUUGAAUGGAUCGCCGCACUCAAGCCCCUUUGCGCUCCUCAAGUAGCUCGCAGUCCCAAGAUUAAUCGGCUUCGCGAACUCCGUUGCCUUCAUCUGACAGUUUUAGAAGCCCAUCGCCUGCCACAACGACUUGUUCCCAAUCCAUAUUGCGUUAUUGCGCUCAAUCAGGUGAAGGUAGCACGUACAAGAUUCUUCAAUGGACCUGACCCAGUCUGGGACCAAGAAUUUUUGCUGGAUGACAUUCCACCGGACGUGCUAACCUUAACCCUAACCAUAAACAACAAGGGAAAACGCUCGAAAGAUUCCGAAGUAGCUGAAUUGACGGUUGAAUUUUCCAAUCUAAGUAACGGUGAUGAAGUGGAGGAAUGGUAUAAUCUCUCGGGAAUGACGCCUGUGGGUGAAUGGGGCACUAUUCGCUUGCGCACGAGAUAUUUGCACGAUCUGAUUAUGCCCGAAGAAGAAUACUCUCCCCUUAAAGAAUUAUUGCUGGAUCCUCAUUUAGAGGCUGUCCGUGCGUUGGCAGACUUGUGUCAUCUAGAUCGCGUUCCACUGGCCACAUCGUUGUUGCGGGUAUUCAGACAUGAACGCAAGGAAGCCGACUUACUUCAAACACUAAACGACGCCGAAAUUGAUAAGGAGGAAGAAACGUCAACGUUGUUUAGAGCUGCCUCGUUGACAACAACACUAAUGGACCAUUAUAUGAAAUCGAUUUGUACGCCUUUCCUGAUGGCUGCCGUCAGCGAGACUAUCCACAAGUUAAUGGAAGCGAAGCAGUCUUGUGAAUUGAACCCUUCCAAAAUGGAUCCCGGUGGUGAUGCCUGUGCAAACGCGGAAUUCCUUUUGCAGAUCUUGGACGAAAUAACGGAGUCGAUCCUCAUGUCAGCUGAAGCCUGUCCUAAAACUAUUAGAUACAUAUGCAGUUGUCUCCAAAGGAAGGUGAUGUCGCGCUGGCCUCAAGAGCGACUGGUUCGCACUAGGGUAGUCAGCGGUUUUAUUUUCUUACGCCUCCUUUGCCCGGCCAUUUUAAACCCUCGUAAUUUUAACCUUAUCGCGGAAACGCCUUCGCACAACGCGGCCCGCUCGCUCAUUAUGGUGGCCAAAUGCCUUCAGAAUCUCGCCAACCUUGUCGAAUUUGGCGGUAAAGAGCCUUACAUGGAAGUUGUCAAUCCGUUCAUUCUUAAGAACAAAGAACGGAUGGUUUAUUACUUGGAUCAACUUUCGAAUGUCAAAGAAAAACCGGACGCUGAUGACUCUGGCGUGCGAGGAGAUCCAGCUAGAGAUCUGGGUACAUUGCACCACAUUUGCGUGACUCAUUUAAAAGAUCUACAACUGAUGGCCAAAGCAAAGGUUACAAUUAAAAAGUUGGUUACGGUUACUGAGAUGCUCACCAAGCACAAGCAAAAGUAUAUGGAGAUGAUUCAUUGAUGAUAGCCUUGUUUCUUUUGGAAAUUGUUAUGCUUGAAUAAUGGCCGGGGGGAAAACUUUGAAUCGGGUCUGCAAUCCAACUAGCUUAUUUUCUUGCAAAGACGAAUCGUCGCAUUCUUCAUUUCCUAUUAUCCAACGAUGACGUUUCUAAGAAGACAGUGAAGUUUAUAACGAUUAUACUAAGAAGAAAAUUACUAGCAAUAAUCGCCGGAGAAAAAUUUUGUAUCAGUGUGAUAAAUCAUGGCUUAGUAAGAGCAACUGGUUAAUCCACUGAGAAGUGUUAAAUAUGCGUGCCAUAUUUCAUUGUUCAUCGGUUAAUUUGAAAAAAAAAAAUCAUCCUUUGCUAGUCCGCUGCCAUCUGAAAAAAUAACACUUAUUGCUACUGUGUCGCAUAGAAUCUGUUUUCUUUUGUGUUUCAGGAAGAAUCGUAUAUGAUGAUCCUAGUAUGAAGAUUUAAAAAGUUUGAAAUCUCAUUUGAUGAUAGCAAUCUCCUCUGUAUCGUUCGAAGAUAUUCAAGCGUCGUAAACUUUGCAGUUUGUCAAUAAACAGAAAUUUUUUUAAA